AUGAAGUUUCUUUUGAAAGUAGCUGCUGUCCUUGUGCUUGCUUCAAGCGCCAUGGCCGGUCAGUGCUCCAACCACAACAAAGGAGCACACAAGGUGGAUUGCGUAAGCAAGAGUGAGAUAUCUCAGCACGGAGAUGACUUUUGUGCCACUCAUUGGGAAGAUGUAUCCGGCACUUGGUCGAAUUUUGCAGACAGCAGCGGACACACUGCCAAUAUCGGAAUGAUUGGAUCCUUCUCCUCCAAGGCGGCUUGCAAGUCGGCCUAUGCGGAGAUAGUUGAUAGCUGCUACAAUGGCUGGGAUGGAGGGGGCUGGGUGGCGUAUGGGGUCUUGCUACACAUCAGCUUUUGCAAGUGGGGAUCGGACGACAAAGGAGAGUUGUGA